AUGGCGAACGCCAACGACGCGCGGGAUCCACUCCCGAGCGACCUCCCGGCGUCGGCACCGGCAUUGAACGAUGUCGAGGCCGGCGCGCACGACGGAGCAGGCUCGCCCACCCCGUCUCAGACAGUGGUGGACAGGAAGAACAAGAAGGGCGGUCUCACCGAGGGUGAUGACAUGCUCGACGACUUGCCAGACAACAACCUGAUGCUGGUCAUGCCCUGCCUCGCCCUCGUUCUCUCCUCGCGGCGCGGACCAGACCGUGAGAUUAUCAUCGCCACGGCUCUCCCAACUAUUGCCGAGGUGUUUGAUGCCACGCCAUCCGAGUAUUCUUGGGUCGCGACUGCAUACCAGCUGGCCAUGACACUUCUGACACCUGUCAACGGUCGCGUUUCGGACAUUGUCGGCCGCAAAACCUCUGCUCUAUGCGCCAUCAUCAUCUUCACAAUCUUCUCGGCACUGUGUGGCUGUGCCAAGAGCAUGACCUGGCUCAUUACCGCCCGCGCCUUUCAAGGCCUGGGAGGCGGCUCCAUCAUCGGCCUUACCUCCAUCGUCGUGUCCGACAUUGUACCUCUGCACAAACGUGGAAAGUACCAAGGGUUCAUGGGAGCGGCAUGGGGUAUUGCUGCUGUCGUUGGCCCGAUUCUGGGAGGCGUCUUGACCAGAAGGUUUCGUGGAGAUGGUGUUUCUACAUCAACUCCCACUUGCGGUGUCGCGUUCAUCCUCCUUGUUGUCACCCUCAAGCUCAACAAGCCCACCGGCGGCACCUUCCGCCAGCUGGCGCACACUUUUGACUUUAUUGGCCUGUCCUCAUCAUGGUCUCUGCGCGCAUUCAAAGUCCGCACGACGCUCUUCUUCCUCAUCGGCUCGUCCCUCCACGCUGCGUGGCACAUUGUCCGGCCCAUCCCAUGGUCUGGCUACGUGGUCGCCAUUAUCGGCUACGGCGUCAUGUACGGCACGUUCAACUAUGACCUGACCUUGGCCAUGCAGUAUGGCCUGCUGAUCAUCCCCGCCGUGGGAGUGGGGUUCUCGCUCCAGACCCCGCUCGUCAUCUUACAGCGCGCCAUGCCGCUCAAGGAGAUGGCGUCGGUCGCUGGCGGCUCGGUCGGCGUGUCCAUCUUCACGGCCAUCCUCAACACCAACAUUCGUUCGCGGUUCGCCAAGAUCCCCGGCUACGGCACCGAGUUUACCGCCCCGACAUCGUCGGCAGGGUACAAGGCCAUCCACGACUUGCCGGCCGGCGAUAUGCGCAACAGCGUCCUCGCGGCGUUUGCAGACUCGUUCAAGCCGUGCUGGCUCGUCUCGCUGGCCCUGUUCGCCGCCGCGCUGCUCAUCACCCUCCGACGCGCGCGUACUCGCUCAACCGUCCCCGCGAACGAGGCCGCGUCCGAGGAGGCCGAGACCGAGGAGGAGGAGGCAGUGAGGGCCGAAGCCGAGAAGGCAGCGGCCUACGGUGGCGGCAGCGAGAGCGCCGUGUCCGAGCUCCACACUCUCGCCAAGACCCUUACCAACACGUCGAGCCGUCGGGGCACUGAGGCCGGCGAGCCGGUGCUCGAGAAGGAGAAGCGGGUCAGUGGUGACGAUGAGCACGGUAACAACGCAGCACGGGAGACGAGCGAGAAGGCUUGA